CACUCAGACACUCCCUAUAAUGGUCUAAACUAGCAUAGAACUAAAAUCUCUUAAUCCACAACAAUAAGGCCCUAUUGUGUGAACUACCAUGGAAACUACAAUUCUAAAGAACAUCCUGAUACUUCUGCUUGCUUAUUUCACACAGUCAUCUGCUGAAAGGAAAGAUCUCACUGGCAAAAUGUUCACCUUCCCUGUUGAGUCUGAUACAGCUCACGUGAUCUUGGAUCCCAACCUGAGCAAGAGUCUGACUGCAGUGACCGUGUGUCUGCGUUUCUUCUCAGAUCUGACAAGAGCUCAGAGUCUCUUCUCUUUCGCCACCCCUGCCAGUCCGAAUAGCUUCCUCUUUUACAAACAAGCAAACCAUGUUUAUGAAAUAAAUGAGUACGACAAUGUUGUAUUAUUUAGGGGAUUGGAGGACAUUCCCAAUAGAUGGAAUUCUGUUUGUGCUACUUGGAAUUCUCAAACUGGUAUUGCCCAACUGUGGGUCAAUGGGAAACCAAGCACAAGGAAAGGGGUACGACGAGGAAGAGAUAUCUCUGGAAGACCCAGUAUUAUCCUGGGUCAAGAUCAGGACAGUUAUGGGGGGAAGUUUGACAAAAUACAGUCUUUUGUGGGAAUGCUGACUGAUUUACACAUGUGGGAUUCAGUUCACUGUAAAAAAAAAUCCCGUUAA